GUCAGGUCACUUUGCUGCUUGAGUUUAGCCCUCUCAGCUCAGGCGCGCUGCCCCAGGGGCUCACUCCAAGGGUUACUCCGCAAGCGGCGGUGACCCGAAGUCUGGGCAUCCUCAGAGCUAGGCGCCAGGUUCUGCAGCCGGGUAGGGCUUCCCCUCCCACCGCCUCUGAGUCAGGAGAGAAAGGGAAAGUGCCAAGGGACUGCGGAGAGCGGAGUCCGGGCUUAAGUUUUUCUAUACUCCACCCUGCCAUCCCAGUCGCCAGGUGAGGCCAUCCGACUCUGGCUGGCCGGGACUGAGUAGGACCACUGUCUAGAGUGGGAGAACAGAUCUCUAGAGAGGCUGUACCGAGGACGGAGGUUAGUGGCGCUAGAGUCAAAAGGGACAGUGGGGAUUGGUCUGCAGGGGCGGGCAGUUCCCAGGCGCGACCCGAGUACAAAGCACCAGCACCGGCUCCUCUCUCGACCUCUCCCUUACCCCCACGCUGGCCCCCCAGCAUUGCUUCAUCUACAAGGUCCUAGCACUCAUUCACGCACUUUAGAUAGCCCCUCCAUUACCUCUCGCAAGCUAAUGCCAGGGAAUAAUGAGAGAGGGCCUUGCAGGCACCCUCAAAGCUCGCUCCCCACUAUCUCGUUGUGAUUAGAACAGAGGAGCCAAGAUCGGGGUUCCGCUCGCCCGCAUAGGGACUAAGGAGUGCCCCCAGUGCUGCGCGUCGCCGCCAGAAGGAGGCGAGCCGGGGAAUUGCCCUGCGUUAGGAAAGCGAGCUCGGGGGCGGAGAGGAGUCAGAGAAGGGAAAGGAGGAGGAAGAGAGAAGAGCUCCGGAGCUUAGACCCAGAGACGCAGGAAAGGGCGGGAGGCAGAGAGCCAGCGCGGGCGGAGUAGGAACCGCGCUUACUAGUGUAAGAAAACUAAGGCACACUCUGGACGCAUGCGCACGGCCAACGGAGGCCCGAGGGCCAGAGCUUCCCCUUCGGCUAGCCUAGCGGACCCUGGCUUGCCUGUGGGAUCUGAGCAGACGGAAAUGCGGAUGCGGCAGAUGUGCGGUGGAAGUGAGACCCAGGACUCUGUCCCAAGCCAGCAGCAGGGCGUAGGUGGCCGAGGCUCCAAUGCCUGCUGCUUCUGCUGGUGCUGCUGCUGCAGCUGUUCUUGCCUCACUGUCAGAAACCAAGAAGACCAGAGACCCCAGAGAGCUUCCAAUGAACUCAGAACAGCUAUUCCAGCGUGGGAAGAAAGUCCUACGCCCACUCUGGAAGAAGUCUGUGCCUGGGCCCAGUCCUUUGACAACCUCAUGGUCACUCCAGCUGGAAGAAAUGCAUUCCGAGAAUUUCUUCGAACAGAAUUCAGUGAAGAAAACAUGCUUUUCUGGAUGGCCUGUGAGGAACUGAAAAGGGAAGCUAAUAAAAGCGCUAUUGAGGAGAAAGCAAGGAUAAUAUAUGAAGACUACAUUUCUAUUCUCUCCCCUAAAGAGGUCAGCUUGGACUCCCGAGUACGAGAGGUUAUCAACAGAAACAUGGUGGAUCCGUCCCAACACAUAUUCGAUGACGCGCAACUGCAGAUCUUCACUCUAAUGCACAGAGACUCCUAUCCCCGCUUCAUGAACUCCGCAGUCUACAAGGAUUUGCUUAAGUCCUUAGCUGAGAAAGCAGUUGAAGCAUAGGUGGUUUCAGGUAUAUUUAUUAUUAACAAAA